AUGUCCACUCCUGCCCGCCGAGAACUCAGCCCGGAGAAGGAAGGCCAAAACAAGCGGCCAAAGCCUUCGGGCGACAACUCCGCUGGAGAUUCGGAGGCACCCGCUCGAACCAAUGCGUCCUCGGAUGAUCCUGCCCAGUCCGCCUCUGUCAAUCGCCCUGGCCAGCGCAACCAACGCAAGCGGGACGGAAACCGACCGCCGGCCUCUGCUGGUCCAAGGGCGGGCGCUCCAGAGCCACACUUGAUGACCGACAUCCAGCGGCUCUUCUACGCAUGCCGACAAGAUCUGGAUCAAAUGUACGACCGGCGCGAGCGCAUUGUCAAGGUUUCUCGCGAUAUCACCAGCCUCAGCAAAAAGCUCAUCUUCACGCUGCAUAGGAUUGAGGCCAGCAACCAAGAUACCAUCUUUGCCGAGGCGCUCGCCAAGAAAGCCGAGAUUGUCCAACUCUUCCGACAAGUCUCCCGAGAUCUGAAGGGACAGGAUUACUACAGACAUCGCCGAUCCAUCGGUCCCGGCUGUGAAGAGUACAUUGAGGCGAUAUCAUUCCUUCACUUCCUUCAAAACGGCACCAUCGUCACAAAAUCUGGGCUUGAUACCGACUUUUCCGAAGCUGAUGGCACUUUGUUUUUCAGCUUCACAUACGAAGAAUAUGUCCUGGGUCUGGCCGAUCUCAGCGGCGAGCUGAUGCGGUAUGCCAUCAACAUCGUAGCAAAGGGUCAGAGUGACAAGGCACAAGAGAUCUGUGAUCUGCUCCGCAGUCUCAAGACAGAAUACGAGAUCAUUGAUCUUCCCGAGGCCACUAAGAAGGUGGAGGUCAUGGCCGCAAGCCUCGACAAGGUCGAGAACGCGUGCUACCGGGUCAAGGUGCGAGGAACCGAGUUCCCGCAGGGCCUGGCGGGACUGAUGGACCUCGAUGAGCCAGAUCGGGAGUGA